UUCCUCAUUGGUUUUGCAAUCCAAGGUAAGCAUGGCGGAAGCUACAACAACAGCGGGCCCCGAGCAAACACGUAAAACAUCGCCGGGACCUGUGCCAUUUGACUUUUCCCAGCCUCCGAUUAUCGAAGGCUUCAACCCUUUGCCGAGGCUCAAAGAUGAGACAUUCAAAGAGAAGUUCAUUAGGAAAACCAAGGAGAACCCAUUCGUCCCAAUAGGGUGUUUGGGAACAGCUGGAGCGCUGAUUUAUGGUCUCCGUGCCUUCCAUCAAGGGAAAACCAGACAGUCCCAGCUGCUGAUGAGGGGACGUAUCCUUGCUCAGGGCUUCACCGUAGUUGCCAUCGUUGUCGGUGUCUUCGCCACAGCCCUGAAACCCAAGCAAUGAAGACGGACCAAUCCCAUAGAUCUGCCAUCGGCCCCCAGUUCAACUUUGGGAAUCAGACCAGAUCAAACUUGGAAUUGGACUGACCUUACUGUCUGUAUGAACUGAAUAAUGUAUUAUGUCUCCAGCAUUGUUAAGAUACUUAUAUUAAAGCCAACACUAUUUAUUGUGGUUUGAAAACUGAAUUGCUCAUGAUGGUAAAAUAUUUUGCAACAACAAAGUACAAUCAGCUCCUUACCAAGUAAGAAAGCUGUAUUUCACUUUGAGUGUUCUAUGAAAGUAGUGAGACAAAAUGCUGAUAAAUAUAAAUUUGAUGCUUCUUUCUCUUCAGGAGGGAUUUCAGAUGUUCUCAUAUUGUCACUGAAAUGAUCUACGUAACACCUAAUAUAAAUUAUAAGUUGAA